AUGGCUAUUAAAGACAGAGUUAAGAGAGUUUCUAAAAUUUUCACUUCUGAUUCAAAAGAAUCUUUGAAACAACAAAUUAAAGAUAAAGAAGAAAUUGAACCAGCCACUACUACAACUGAAGCUGGUGAAGCUACCAAAGAUGCUACUGCUACUCAAGCUGAAGCUGAAGUUGAAGCCGCACCUGCAGCUACUGAAACUGAAACUGAAACUAAAGCUGAAGCCAAAGCUGAACCAGUAGUAGAAGAAGCUCCUAAAGAAGUUGAAACUGAAAUUAAAGAUGUUAAAGAAGGUGAAACUGAAGAACAACCUAGUCCAUCAGCUGAUAUCACUGAAGAAGUUACUGAACCAACUACUGAAAAGAAAGAAGUUGAAGCCGAAGCCGAAGCCGAAGCUAAAGCUGAAACUGAAACUGAUGCUGCUAAAGAAGGUGAAACUGAAACUGAAGCUGCUAAAAAUGCUAAAGAUGAAAUUAAAGAUGCUGCUGAAAAGACUGAAAAAGCUGUUAAAAAAAAUGAAUUCUUUAAGAAGUUUAUUUCUAAAUUUAAAAAGAAUUCUCAUGCUGCUAAGAAUUGA